AUGAAGAACGUGAAGCUGUCGGUGGUAGCCGAGAAGUUGAAGUCGGUCGGCAUUGACCUGAAGCACAACCGGUUUCUGAUCCUUCAAGGUGAAGUCGAACAGAUUGCGAUGAUGCCCCCGAAAGGUGACGACAAGAAGAAGACUGAGGGCAUGCUCGAGUAUCUUGAGGAUAUCAUCGGAACAUCGCGUUACAAGGAGCCGCUACAGCUUCUCGAAACCAAGAUCGCGGCUGUCGACGAACAGCUGACGAACCAAUCACGGAUGCUCAGCAACGCGACAAAGGAAAAAGACCUUUUGGAGGGGCUGACAAUGAGA